UCCAACCCCUUUAUUUUGGGCCAAUAAUCUAGUUCUUUGCUUGGCCCUCAACCUUUUCAAUUUUGUCAGUUUUACUUUUGCUUUCAGUUCAAACGUUUCACUAUUCAACGUGUUUCCUGUUCAUAGGCACAUAUUUAUACUUUUUGGAAUGGCAGAACAGAAUAACAACUCUGAUAAAACUACAUUCAAAGUGAAGCAUUUUGAUGAAUAUCAUGACAUAGUCAUUGAUUGGAAUGAUGAUAGACAUGAAUAUAAAUAUCAACAAGUAUUUGAACAGCUGGAAUCAAUAACUGGAGUACCAAAUAGAUAUACAAAUUCACUUAACAUACGCAGAGUGCCAUUUACGACUAUACCCGAUUAUUUUUACUUUGCCAACCAGAUAGGGAGACAAGGUAGACCAGAUAUCAGUGCAGUACGUAUUCGUGAUGGCGAAUGUUUCCAUUUGCAAUGUUAUUUACGAUUUGAAUGGUUUAGAUACAAACGUAUUUGUAUGAAUUACAGUCUAGUAGCUGAAGACAGCAUUCCUGAAGGAGUCUGCAGUCUAUUUUUUUGUCAAUACCGAUACAAUGAAGCUUACUUCAAAAAUAUAAAAAAAAUCGUUAAUAACGAGGAAUUGAAUCUAAAAAUUUCACAGAUUCUCCAACCAGUGGAUAGAAGUCAAGCGUACCGAGUUUUCAGAAAGUUUAAUAUUAGACAAUAUUUCAGUUGGAAUUGUGAGUUUCAUUUUAGGAGGAUGGGGCCUGAUGAACGUAUAUUUCACCGUCAUGAUUAUCAAAGAACUCGUGGUUAAAUAUACAUAAUAUUAUUAAUAUCUAUUUCUGAUUUAACCGAAUGUAAUAGUUUGCAUAAUGAUUUUCCCAAUAAAAUCUUGCUUUUUGAUUUUCAAUAAUAAGGUUUCCCUUUUAGUUGACAGGAGUUUC